AACUUUUAUCCUAAGUCAUAUCAUUACUAUAAUAACAAGAUCAAUUUCUUCUGGUCCGCAAUAUCUUUCUGUUCACACAGAGAUCUCAAAAACACCUUUUUUAGUAUAAUAUAAGUCAGUCUUGAUCAACUCAUUGUUGCUUCAACCAGAGCUCCUCUCUUAUCUUUUCAUGGAGAUGAAAGUACCCUUUCAAUUAGCCAAUAACACACCUCUCUCCCUCUCUCCUGAUUUCAUUCUUCCAGAAUUCAAAAGGCCUAUCCUCUCAAAGGUAUUUCCUUCGGAUUCAAUCCCUAUAAUCGACUUAAAUGAUCAUGAAAUUGAUGAGGGUCAAGGGUCAUCCCCCUUAGUUUCAAAGAUAUCACAAGCUUGUGAGGAAUAUGGUUUCUUUCAGAUUAUCAACCAUGGAGUCCCCAAAGAAUUAUGCCAAAAAGUGUUGGCUGUGGUGACAGAGUUCUUCCAAUUGCCUCAUGAGGAAAGGGCGCAAUAUCUUACAAAAGAUCAUACCAAGCAAGUAAAAGUUUUCAAUUAUUACCAAAAGUAUGAAGGCCUUGGAAAGGUCAUAAUGUGGAGUGAGACCUUCUCUCACCCUUGGCAUCCUAUAGAAGAUUUCACUCAUUUGUUACCCACAAAUCCUCCUCAGUAUCGAGAAGUUUUUGCUGAGUAUGCAAAGGAGAUUGGAGCUUUGAUGGAUAGGCUUUUGAGCUUGAUAUCCCAAGGGCUUGGUCUAGAGAAGGAUUGUUUAAAGAAGAAGAUAGGUGAGAGGGCUUCCCUUUAUUCACAAGCAAAUUACUACCCACCAUGUCCAGACCCAGAGCUCACAAUGGGGAUUCCUGCUCAUAAUGAUAUUGUUGCACUCACUGUACUGUUGCAGUCAGAGGGGGUGACUGGCCUCCAAGUGAUUAAAGAGGAGAAAUGGGUACCUGUUGACCCUGUGCCUCAUUCUUUUGUCGUCAAUCUCGCUGAUCAAAUUCAGGUUCUGAGUAAUGGAAGGUACAAGAGUGUAGAUCACAGGGCCGUAACCAACAAGUGGUUGCCACGAGUAUCAUUGGCAAUGUUCUAUGCACCAAAUAAUGACAUUGUGAUAGGUCCUAUUGAGGAUUUGAUUGAUGAGGAGCACCCACCAAAGUAUCGAAACUAUAGUUACAAGGAGUUUAUGGACGAAUUUUAUAGGCAAGAAGGAAAGAGAAGAAGGGUAAAGGAAGCUUUUGAGUUGCAGCGUUAGGAACGUGGUAUUGAUCCACCUUCUACAGCUGGUUUUUUUUUUUUUUUUUUUAAUUGGUCAUAAACUCAUAAUAAACACUUUGGGUUCACAUGUCCUCUACGAUACAAUGUCCUUAUAUAUAAAUAAAAUUAUUGUAGUAACUAGUAAGCACAGAAGACAGAACCCAUUCUCAAAUUUAUUUGAGCAAGGAACUGCCCAUAAGGAGAUAUUUUUCGAGGUGAACUUUUAAUAUU